GGCCUGUCCGGGUGCCCCGUCGGGGGCGGCGCGCCGGCGGCCGCGCUGAGGCCACCAUGUGACGCGGCGCCGCAUCGUUGUGCCACCGAGCGGCGACGCCCCGGUGCCUCUCGUCCAUGCACCUGGGCCCGGGCCCCUCGCAGGCCAAGCAUGAGACCACGACCCGACGGUCGGGGGCUCCGGGCGGGAGCCAUUCUGUCGCCCGCCUUGCUGCUGACGCUCACGCUGCUGCUGCUGCUGCCGCCAGCGCCGCCGCUGCCGGGACCCCUGCGGGCGGCGGGCACGCCUGCGCCGUCGGCGCCCGGGGCUGCGCAGUACGGCGCGCCGGGCGCGGGCCGCGUGAAGCGCGGCUGGGUGUGGAACCAGUUCUUCGUGGUGGAGGAGUACACGGGCACCGAGCCCCUGUACGUGGGCAAGAUCCACUCGGACUCAGACGAGGGUGACGGGGCCAUCAAGUACACCAUCUCAGGCGAGGGUGCUGGGACCAUCUUCCUGAUCGAUGAGCUGACAGGCGACAUCCACGCCAUGGAGCGCCUGGACCGGGAGCAGAAAACCUUCUACACACUGCGGGCUCAGGCUCGGGAUCGCGCCACCAACCGCCUGCUGGAGCCCGAGUCAGAGUUCAUCAUCAAGGUGCAGGACAUCAAUGACAGCGAGCCCCGCUUCCUGCACGGGCCCUACAUCGGCAGCGUGGCCGAGCUCUCACCCACAGGCACGUCGGUGAUGCAGGUGAUGGCCUCGGAUGCGGAUGACCCCACUUACGGCAGCAGCGCUCGGCUGGUGUACAGCGUGCUGGAUGGCGAGCACCACUUCACCGUGGACCCCAAGACCGGCGUGAUCCGGACGGCCGUUCCCGACCUUGACCGCGAAAGCCAGGAGCGCUAUGAGGUGGUGAUCCAGGCCACAGACAUGGCGGGCCAGCUGGGCGGCCUCUCGGGCUCCACUACCGUCACCAUCGUGGUCACUGACGUCAAUGACAACCCGCCCCGGUUCCCGCAGAAAAUGUACCAGUUCAGCAUUCAGGAGUCGGCUCCCAUCGGCACGGCCGUGGGACGAGUGAAGGCCGAGGACUCGGACGUGGGUGAGAACACAGACAUGACUUACCACCUCAGGGAGGAGAGUGGCAGCGGCGGCCAUGUGUUCAAGGUCACCACAGACAGCGACACUCAGGAGGCCAUCAUCGUAGUGCAGAAGCGCCUGGACUUCGAGUCCCAGCCCAUGCACACCGUGGUCCUGGAGGCCCUCAACAAGUUCGUGGAUCCUCGCUUUGCUGACCUGGGCACGUUCCGCGACCAGGCGAUCGUGCGCGUGGCCGUGACCGAUGUGGAUGAGCCCCCCGAGUUCCGGCCGCCCUCCGGCCUCCUGGAGGUACAGGAGGACGCGCAGGUGGGCUCCCUGGUCGGCGUGGUGACGGCGCGGGACCCCGACGCCGCCAACCGGCCCGUCCGGUAUGCCAUUGACCGCGACUCGGAUUUGGACCAGAUCUUUGAUAUUGAUGCGGACACAGGAGCCAUUGUGACAGGCAAGGGGCUGGACCGAGAGACAGCCGGCUGGCACAACAUCACGGUGCUGGCCAUGGAGGCAGACAAUCAUGCCCAGCUAUCCCGGGCUUCCCUAAGGAUCCGAAUCCUGGAUGUGAAUGACAAUCCCCCAGAGCUGGCCACACCCUACGAGGCAGCCGUGUGUGAGGAUGCCAAGCCAGGCCAGCUCAUCCAGACCAUCAGCGUAGUGGACAGAGACGAGCCCCAGAAUGGGCACCGCUUCUAUUUUCGCCUGGUGCCUGAAGCUCCCAGCAACCCUCAUUUCUCACUGCUCGACAUCCAAGACAACACGGCCGCGGUGCACACACAGCACUUGGGCUUCAACCGGCAGGAGCAGGACGUGUUCUUCCUGCCCAUCCUGGUGGUGGACAGCGGGCCACCCACACUGAGCAGCACAGGGACACUCACCAUCCGCAUCUGUGGCUGCGACAGCUCCGGCGCCAUCCAGUCCUGCAACACCACCGCCUUUGUCAUGGCUGCCUCCCUCAGCCCCGGCGCCCUCAUCGCCCUUUUGGUCUGUGUCCUCAUCCUGGUCGUGCUGGUGCUGCUGAUCCUCACCCUCAGGCGCCACCACAAGAGCCACCUGAGCUCGGACGAGGACGAGGACAUGCGGGACAACGUCAUCAAAUACAAUGAUGAGGGCGGCGGCGAGCAGGACACCGAGGCCUACGACAUGUCGGCGCUGCGGAGCCUCUACGACUUCGGCGAGCUCAAAGGCAGCGACGGGGGCGGCGUCGGGGGCCCAGGCGGGGGCACGGGGAGCCCCCCGCAGACUCACCUGCCCUCGGAGCGACACUCGCUCCCGCAGGGGCCGCAGAGCCCAGAGCCGGAUUUCUCGGUGUUCAGGGACUUCAUCAGCCGCAAGGUGGCGCUGGCGGACGCGGACCUGUCGGUGCCGCCCUACGACGCCUUCCAGACCUACGCCUUCGAGGGCGCGGACUCGCCGGCCGCCUCGCUCAGCUCGCUGCACAGCGGCUCGUCGGGCUCCGAGCAGGACUUCGCCUAUCUCAGCAGCUGGGGCCCGCGCUUCCGGCCCCUGGCCGCGCUCUACGCCGGCCACCGCCCGGACGACGAGGCCCAGGCCUCCUAGCCUGCCCUCCCUGCCACCUAGGACCCGACUGGACUCCAGGACAAAGCACGUCCCCUGUUCACCCCCUUUCCCAGCCCUCCCAACCUCCCAAGGCGGCCGGACAGGAGGGGGGACUUGUUGGGGGGCAGACUCCCCGACCGCGGGAGGGGGGCAGCUUGCACCCAGAGGUGCGGGAAUUAUGACCAACAUCAUUAAAACUGCAGCGAGAACGGGCACCGCGUGGCUCUGGGGUUAGACAGGGAGAUAGGGCCGCGUGGCUCCCUCCUGCCUUGGGGAAGAAGCCUGGAGGGAGGACGCUGCUGAAAGAAGGACAUACCUCCCCAGGUACCCUCCAUCAGUUAAGAGGAGGGACAGGCUGUUCAUUUACUAAGCGCCUACUGUGUGCUGGGACACUGUACAGAGACCAUCUUAGCUGUCAUAGAAACCAUGACGUGGAGCCCCGCAGGUAACAGAUGGAGAAAGGCACCUGAGAAGUGGCUGUGCCCUGUCCAAGGACACCUUGCCGGUAUACAGUGGAGCCAUGACACUUACCGGCUACCUGGCCUUGGGCAAGUUUCUUGACUUCUCUGGGCCUCAGUUUCCUCCUGUGUCAAACGAGGCAAAUAACAGAACCUACCUCGAAGAGCUGUGAAGAUAGGUUUCUUGCGUGUCAAGUGGUUAGGACAGUGCCUGGCACAUAGUAGGUGUUCAAUAAAUGUUAGCCUUUGAUACUGUU